CCCGUCUCCUCUUAUUCUCCUUUCCUAAUCCUCUUCUCAUUUUAUAUUUCCUCCACCUCUUUUAUUCCCUUUUCUCCUCCCUUUUUCAGUCUUCUCCCUCCCCGCCCCCCACCCCAAUUACAAAUAAUGUCUCUGGAAUGAUAUCACAGUCUAGUGCCAGGAGCCAUGCAUGUUAUUCAAGACAUUCCAAGAGAUGGCCAAAAUGGUGAGAAUGUAUAUGGAAAGCUGGCUACGAAGACAGGCUAUUGCAGAGUAGGAUGAGUGAUGUUCCUGAAUGGUAUUCAUGAUGCUCAGCCUUGGCACAUGUUCCCUAAGUGCUCACAUGCUCUCUGAGGCAGGUUCUUUUUCUCCUGGAGGAACCACCACUGAGCUGGGCAGUGGAACCCAAAGAUAUGUGCUGGCCCUACCGGAGGAAGAAGCAUGGCGGAAGCACCGGCUGGGUCUGAUGCAGCCUGCUCAUUCCUGUAGCUUACUGGAGCCAGACAACCUCAUCUCACGUACUACCAGCUUUGAUGCUCUCUAUGAGUUGCGAUCGCAGGAGAGAGAAUCCACUCUGGGUUUGGAUGGUAGCAGCACCUUUGAUCUAGGGCAAAGCCAACUCAUCCCUGUGAGCCCUGAAGUCAUCAAACGCCGACGAGGCGGACUGAUUGAACAGCGAGAUAUCAUCAAGGCUCAUGAAGCUCAUAAAAUGCAGAGCACACCACAGGCAAGGCGGAAAGAAUGGGAGAUGGCUCGCUUCGGUGAGGCAAUGGCUGGCAGGCUGGGAUCUGGAGAUGGAGCCAUGGAACAGAACAGGAACCGCCAGGGAGUCCCUGCUUCUUCAGGGGGAACCCCAGGAGCAUAUAAGCAAACUAAAGCUCAACGGGCCAGGACUAUGGCAUUGUACAAUCCCAUACCUGUCCGUCAAAAUUGCUUCACGGUCAACAGAUCUCUCUUCAUCUUUGGGGAAGAUAACAUUGUCAGGAAAUAUGCCAAGAAGCUCAUCGACUGGCCGCCUUUUGAAUACAUGAUUCUGGCAACCAUCAUUGCAAACUGCAUCGUUCUGGCCUUGGAGCAGCAUCUCCCUGAAGAUGAUAAGACACCUAUGUCUCGCAGAUUAGAAAAGACAGAACCUUAUUUUAUUGGGAUUUUUUGCUUUGAAGCUGGCAUUAAAAUAGUUGCAUUGGGAUUCGUUUUCCACAAGGGUUCAUACCUGCGAAAUGGAUGGAAUGUCAUGGAUUUCAUUGUGGUCCUAAGUGGCAUCCUUGCAACAGCAGGAGCACAUUUUAACACCCAUGUGGACCUGCGGACUCUGCGGGCGGUACGAGUGCUCAGACCCUUGAAGCUUGUCUCAGGCAUUCCUAGUUUACAGAUCGUACUAAAGUCCAUCAUGAAGGCAAUGGUGCCUCUGCUUCAGAUUGGUCUCCUUCUCUUUUUUGCAAUCCUGAUGUUUGCCAUUAUCGGCCUGGAAUUUUAUAGUGGAAAGCUACAUCAGGCUUGCUAUGUAAACAAUUCAGGUGAAUUACAAGAGCUGGACCCGCCACAUCCCUGUGGAGUGCAGGGAUGCCCUGCAGGUUAUGAGUGCAGAGACUGGAUUGGUCCCAAUGAUGGGAUAACUCAAUUUGAUAACAUCCUCUUUGCCGUGUUGACUGUCUUCCAGUGCAUUACCAUGGAAGGAUGGACUACAGUGCUGUACAAUACCAAUGAUGCCUUAGGAGCCACCUGGAAUUGGUUGUACUUCAUUCCCCUCAUCAUAAUCGGAUCGUUUUUUGUUCUCAACCUUGUCCUGGGAGUGCUUUCUGGAGAAUUUGCCAAAGAGAGAGAGCGAGUGGAAAAUCGCCGGGCUUUCAUGAAGCUGAGGAGACAGCAGCAGAUUGAGCGGGAGCUGAAUGGCUACCGGGCCUGGAUAGACAAAGCAGAGGAAGUAAUGCUGGCUGAAGAGAACAAAAAUUCUGGCACAUCAGCCUUAGAAGUACUUAGGAGAGCAACUAUUAAAAGGAACCGGACAGAAGCCAUGAAUCGUGAUUCUAGUGAUGAGCGUGUGGAUAUCUCGUCUGUGGGAACCCCACUUGCUCGAUCCAGCAUCAAAAGUGCAAAAUUGGAUGGGGCCUCAUACUUCCGACACAAGGAACGCCUCCUACGGAUCUCUGUUCGUCACAUGGUGAAAUCCCAGGUGUUCUAUUGGCUUGUCCUGGGCAUAGUGGCCCUCAACACUGCUUGUGUGGCUAUCGUCCAUCACAAACAGCCUGGGUGGCUUACACACCUGCUAAACUAUGCAGAGUUUAUCUUUCUGGGCCUGUUCCUCCUAGAGAUGUCCUUGAAGAUGUAUGGAAUGGGACCACGUCUUUAUUUCCAUUCUUCUUUCAACUGUUUUGACUGCGGGGUUACAGUGGGGAGCAUCUUCGAAGUAGUUUGGGCUAUCUUUAGACCUGGGACCUCUUUUGGGAUUAGUGUCAUGCGAGCUCUACGACUUCUACGGAUCUUUAAAGUCACAAAGUAUUGGGCUUCCUUGAGGAAUUUGGUGGUCUCUCUGAUGAGUUCUAUGAAGUCUAUUAUCAGCCUGCUCUUCCUCCUUUUCCUCUUCAUUGUAGUCUUUGCUCUACUUGGGAUGCAGCUUUUUGGUGGCAGAUUUAAUUUUAUGGAUGGCACUCCUUCGGCAAAUUUUGAUACCUUUCCUGCAGCCAUCAUGACAGUUUUCCAGAUAUUAACAGGUGAAGAUUGGAAUGAAGUGAUGUACAAUGGAAUUCGCUCUCAAGGUGGCGUCAGCUCAGGAAUGUGGUCAUCCAUCUACUUCAUAGUCCUCACAUUGUUUGGGAACUAUACCCUACUUAAUGUAUUCUUGGCCAUCGCUGUGGACAACCUAGCCAAUGCACAGGAACUGACAAAGGAUGAGCAGGAGGAAGAAGAGGCUUUCAAUCAAAAGCAUGCUCUGCAGAAAGCCAAAGAAGUCAGUCCAAUGUCUGCUCCCAACAUGCCUGCUAUAGAAAGAGACAGAAGGAGAAGACACCACAUGUCGAUGUGGGAACCACGUACCAGUAAUCUGAGGGACAGGAGAAGGAGACAUCACAUGUCUGUGUGGGAACAGCGGACUAGCCAGCUCCGCCGACAUAUGCAGAUGUCCAGUCAAGAGGGCCUCAACAAAGAUGAACCUCCUCUGCUCAAUCCAAAUGCCAGUAUUUUUCGGAAAAGGAAGUUACUGGAAAACUCUGGCCUAGAAAAGAUUGAGGGUGAUCAAGGAGGUAGGCCAGAGCAGACAAACGGAGAAAGUCUGGAACAAAAACCCCCAGGGUCCAAACCCUGCCCCAGCAUCCGGGAUGACCAGAGAAGCCCAUCUCCUCAGGCCAAGAAGGAAUGGGAAGAAUGGCAUCACAAAUCAUUUCACGGGAAUUGUGAUGUCAAUGAUCAGGAAAGCAAAGGAAGCGUAAGCUUUGAUGACAGGGCUCGGCUCCGGCAGAGUCAGAGGCGUAGCCGACACCGCAGGGUGAGGACUGAAGCGAAGGAGAAUAGAACAGUCAACAGCCAAGAGAAUGGCCCAGAAGGAGUCACACCAGCAAAAGGAGAGCAGAAUGGGGAUCAUAAGGAAAAUGAAGAGGAAAAGGAGACAAUUGCUGAAAAGGAACCAGUGGCUGACAUGGAACUGAAAAGUACCAGUGAAGCAACAACAAAUAAUGCCGAGCUUCCCAUGCCCACCCAAGAUCCAAGUCCCUCAGAAGGUCACCAGAUGUUAGAUAAAAGCAAGGAGGCCAGUCCAGUAAAGCAAGAUGGCAGCAGCCUAGAGACAAGUGAGCAAGCGCUUUUGGGUGACCUAUCAAUGGAGACAGAGAGGACUAUCAGCAGGAGUGAACCUGAUCUUUCAUCUAUCACUGCCAACAUUGAUAAAGCAACAGAGAGCACUACCAUCAUGAUUGAUGUUCAAGACUCCACUGUGGUACAGAUUAGCAACAAGACAGAUGGAGAGGCCAGUCCACUGAAGGAGGCAGAAACCAAGGAAGAGGAGGCGGUGGAGGCAGAGAAGAAGAAUAAAAAGCGAAAAAAGGAGAAGAGCUCUGAGACAGGCAAACCAAUGGUGCCCCACAGCUCCAUGUUUAUUUUCAGCACCACAAACCCAAUCCGAAGAGCUUGCCACUACGUUGUCAAUCUGCGCUACUUUGAGAUGUGUAUCCUUCUUGUGAUUGCAGCAAGCAGCAUCGCCUUGGCAGCAGAGGAUCCUGUCCUGACCAACUCAGAGAGAAAUAAAGUUCUGAGGUAUUUUGACUAUGUUUUCACUGGAGUCUUCACCUUUGAGAUGGUUAUUAAGAUGAUUGAUCAGGGAUUAAUACUGCAAGAUGGCUCUUAUUUUCGGGAUCUUUGGAACAUCCUGGAUUUCAUUGUGGUUGUUGGAGCGCUGAUGGCCUUUGCCUUGGCGUCCAACAAAGGUCGUGAUAUUAAAACAAUCAAGUCCCUUCGUGUUCUACGCGUCCUGAGACCUUUGAAAACCAUCAAGCGGUUGCCCAAACUCAAGGCAGUCUUUGACUGUGUUGUAACUUCUCUGAAAAAUGUCUUCAACAUACUCAUUGUCUACAAGCUCUUCAUGUUCAUCUUUGCCGUUAUCGCAGUCCAGCUUUUCAAGGGGAAAUUCUUCUACUGUACAGACAGUUCAAAGGAUACAGAGAAAGACUGUAUUGGAAACUAUAUAGACCAUGAGAAAAACACGAUGGAAGUAAAAUGUCGAGAAUGGAAGCGUCAUGAAUUCCACUAUGAUAAUAUCAUUUGGGCUUUGCUUACACUCUUCACUGUUUCCACUGGAGAAGGAUGGCCUCAAGUUCUACAACAUUCAGUAGAUGUGACUGAGGAAGAUCGUGGCCCCAGCCGUAGCAACCGCAUGGAGAUGUCUAUUUUUUAUGUGGUGUACUUUGUAGUUUUCCCUUUCUUUUUUGUUAACAUCUUUGUGGCUCUCAUCAUCAUCACUUUCCAGGAGCAAGGAGACAAAAUGAUGGAAGAAUGUAGUCUUGAGAAAAAUGAGAGAGCCUGCAUUGACUUUGCUAUCAGUGCAAAACCCCUCACCCGCUACAUGCCUCAAAACCGACACACCUUUCAGUACCGAGUUUGGCACUUUGUGGUCUCUCCAUCAUUUGAAUACACCAUUAUGGCUAUGAUAGCUCUUAAUACUGUGGUGCUAAUGAUGAAGUACUAUUCUGCUCCAUAUACAUAUGAAUUGGCUUUGAAGUAUCUGAACAUUGCUUUUACCAUGGUUUUCUCAUUGGAAUGCGUCCUGAAAAUCAUAGCUUUUGGUUUCCUGAAUUAUUUCCGUGACACCUGGAACAUAUUUGAUUUCAUCACCGUGAUUGGCAGUAUUACAGAAAUUAUCCUGACGGAUAGUAAGCCGACAGUUACCAGCAGCUUCAACAUGAGCUUUCUGAAGUUGUUCCGGGCUGCCCGUCUCAUCAAACUGCUUCGCCAAGGGUAUACCAUUCGAAUUCUGCUCUGGACCUUUGUGCAGUCAUUCAAGGCUCUCCCCUAUGUCUGCCUUCUCAUUGCAAUGCUCUUCUUCAUUUAUGCAAUCAUUGGGAUGCAGGUGUUUGGGAACAUCAAGCUAGAUGAGGAAAGCCACAUUAACCGCCACAACAAUUUCCGCAGCUUUCUUGGUUCUCUAAUGUUACUGUUUAGAAGCGCUACAGGGGAGGCAUGGCAGGAGAUUAUGCUUUCAUGCCUAGAAGGGAAAGGUUGUGAGCCAGACACUACGGCAACAUCUGGACAAAAUGAGAAUGAGAAAUGUGGCACAGAACUAGCAUAUGUCUACUUUGUCUCUUUCAUCUUCUUCUGCUCCUUCUUAAUGCUCAAUCUCUUUGUGGCUGUCAUUAUGGACAAUUUUGAAUAUCUGACUCGAGAUUCUUCCAUCUUGGGACCCCAUCACCUUGAUGAAUUUGUCCGGAUUUGGGCAGAAUAUGAUAGAGCUGCAUGUGGCCGCAUCCAUUACACUGAGAUGUAUGAAAUGCUGACUCUCAUGUCCCCACCACUAGGCCUCGGGAAGAGAUGUCCUUCCAAAGUUGCUUAUAAGAGACUGGUCCUGAUGAACAUGCCAGUGGCUGAAGACAACACGGUGCAUUUCACUUCCACCUUGAUGGCAUUAAUUAGAACAGCUCUUGAUAUUAAGAUCGCAAAAGGUGGUGCAGACUGGCAGCAGUUCGACUCUGAGCUCCAGAAGGAGAUACUGACCAUUUGGCCUCACCUUUCUCAGAAGAUGCUAGAUCUAUUGGUCCCCAUGCCAAAAACUACAGACCUGACAGUUGGGAAAAUCUAUGCAGCCAUGAUGAUAAUGGACUAUUAUAAGCAGAGCAAAGCUAAAAAGCAAAGACAGCAGCUGGAAGAACAGAAAAAUGCCCCAAUGUUCCAGCGCAUGGAGCCUUCAUCUCUUCCUCAGGAGAUCAUUUCCAAUGCCAAAGCUUUGCCUUACCUCCAACAAGACACAAUUUCAGGACUGACCAGCCGUAGUGGGUUCCCCUCCCUGAGUCCACUCUCUCCCCAAGAGAUAUUCCAGUUGGCAUGUAUGGAUUCAGCCCACGGAGAGUACCAAGAACAGCAAUCUCUGGAGCCAGAAAUUAGAGAGUUUAAAAGAGUGCAGCCCUCUAACUGUGGCAGUUAUCUCCCGGUGGAUACUCAGGAACGAGCUGUAUCUGGGAGGGCUUCUUCCAUGCCACGCCUGACUGUGGAUCCCCAGGUAGUUACAGAUCCUGGCUCCAUGAGACGCUCAUUUUCUACCAUCCGAGACAAACGGACAAAUUCCUCCUGGCUGGAUGAGUUCUCAAUGGAAAGGAGUAGUGAAAAUACCUACAAGUCUCGCCGUCGCAGUUACCAUUCUGCGCUGCACCUGUCUUCACGCCGUCUCAACACAGACUCAGGCCAUCGAUCUGAUACACAUCGGUCAGGAGGCAGAGAACGAGGCCGAUCCAAGGAACGAAGGCAUCUACUCUCUCCAGAUAUUUCUCGUUGCAACUCAGAGGAAAGGAGUCCACAAGCAGAUAUUGAUUCUCCAGAGCGACAUCAUUCCAGGUCUCCCAGUGAAGGCAGGUCACAAACUCCCAACAGACAGGGCACAGGCUCCUUGAGCGAGAGCUCCAUCCCUUCUCUGUCUGACACCAGCACACCAAGGCGAAGCCGCCGUCAACUCCCUCCAGUGCCACCAAAGCCACGACCUCUCAUCUCCUACACUGCUAUGAUGCAGCACUGUGGUGACACCUCCCCACCACCUGACGACAGUGAGGGAGGCUCCCCUCUGCUUUCUGGGACUCUGGAGACAAACAAUACCUGCUUGACUGAGUCUUCCAGCUCCCUCCAGGGAAAGCAGAGCCUUCUCUCCACUCCUCAGCGCUACAUCUCAGAGCCUUACCUGAUGCUCCAGGAUGACUCCCAUGCUUCAGACUGUGGUGAGGAGGAGACACUCACUUUUGAGGCUGCUGUGGCCACUAGCCUUGGCCGCUCCAACACAAUUGCAUCAGGCCCUCGCUCUAGGCAUGGUUGGCAGAUGCCCAAUGGGCAUUACCGGAGGAGGAGAAGAGGAGCAUCACAAAGCAUGAUAUACGGGGCUGGCAUCGAAGUACUAAGUGAUACGGAAGAAGAUGACAAGUGCUAGAAGCUACUUUCUCUCCCCUGUCCCCUAUGAUGCAUGCUGAUUGCCACAUCUGAAAUGAAAUGAAAUGGAAAUCAAAUGCAGGAAAAAAAAAACAGAGCCUUCGUGCAAAACAAAGUCAGUUCACAGCUUCUUUGUCUCCCUUCUUUUCUUUUGCACAGAAAAGGUGCACCGGCGUGUUAAAUGACAGUGAAAAGGGCAACAGCAACCUUCAUCUCAAAGCCACUUGACCUUUUGGUGUCUCCCAAAGCCAAGAGUAAGGAGAGUAGAAGUUACUGAAAAAGCAGAGCAAGAAAUAAACUAAAGACUAAGGGUUUUUAAAGCAUCAUUUUCCUCCCCCCAGAAAGAAGAAUUUCAAGAUGGUGGUUGUGGGUGGGAUCAUGUGAGAGAUUCAGGGAUUGAGAAAGGCCUUACAAUAUCUCUUUUGGGGACCCAUCCUACAGGUUGACCAAUAAGACCAGUGAAUUCAUUGCUGGAUUCAUUUGCAGUCCUCUAGACAAAUUAGCCCAUUUUUCAAAAACAAACCAAACUAUGAAUCUUGGGACAUACUUGUAAAGAGAAUAGGGUGAAAGGAAGGGAGGACAGCCUGGGCAAGAGAGAGAAAAACAUUUGGUUUAAUGAAAUCAACCUGAUGCAUAAAGUACCACUAUCAAUGUGGUAAAGGAGAGAAUUGUUGUGGUCCUAAAUGUAUUUAACCCAUCAUUCUUGGGCACAUGUUCUGAGUUUAGAAAGAGUGGAAAGUGUGUAUGUGUAGAGAUUUAUUUUAAUAUAUUGGUAAAGGCCAGUGCUAAGGCUAUAGUUGUCUGACCUCAGAGAUGGGAAGUAUUUUUACUCAAAUUCUCCACUUACCUGACACCUCCUACCCAAAAGAAAGCUGUAUAUUGCUGGCAUCUCCCAGCCUAGUAGUAAGGGCUUUAUGGAGAACACUGGUGCUGAUCUUCUCCUUAAAUGAGCUUUAAAGUUAUUUUUAAUUUGGUAAGGUGAGAGGGGAGCAUGUCAACACUGAACAUUUGUGUUUUAGAGGAAGUUGAGUUGACUUAGGAAAAGGAACUUGUGGGAAAGUUUCUACAUUUGUUUUUGUUUUUAAUCUUGAGGGCCACCAGAUGUUCUGGGAUAGAACUCUGAUCCACUCUAUAACAUCCCCAGUAAAAAAAAAAAAGAGAGAGAGCAGUGAGAAUUGUAGUCAAAAACAUCCCAACUGAUUUUUAUGGGAAGUCCAGCAAACUCAGUAGUUAAUGAUCGUAACUUUUCCAUCCACGAAAGAAGACAACACAGGGAAGAGGUGAUUUCACCCACUCAUCCCUUUUUUGGUCAUCCUCUUGUUUAUUUUAGCAGGAAUUUUCUUUCCUGAGCAUGGAAGGCAGGAAGCCCAUUAAGACAGCAGGUGGAUACAUGAUCUCAUCCUUUUUAGAUAACUGAAAAUAAUUUGUAUUUUAAAUGUUUACCCAAAGGGCCAUUUGACUCUUAUAGCAAAAAGCCAAGCUUCUUAAGGAACCCGAGCAUUAUUCUCCUUACGAAGAAGCAAAAACGAUGCCAUUAUCCUUUUCCAGAGCAGGCCAACAGCCUCCUGAAGUUCAACUAGAUCCAAAAAUUGUCCUCAGCCCAGUUAACAGAAUAACAAGAGUUGGAAGGGGCCUUGGAGGUCUUCUAGAUCACCACCCUGCAUAAGAAGAAAAACUACAAUUUCAGACAAGUGGUUUUCAAUCUCUUCUUAAACACCUCCAGUGUUGGAGCACUCACAACUUCUGGAGUUACUAAAUCUGAUUUGGUUUUUCACUUGAAAAAUGUCUGGGAGUUUCUGAUGGAAAAUUUAUAAAGUGUAAGUGGUUGCACAUACAGAAAGACUUGCUUAAUUUUUUCUACAGCCUAUUUUGUUUUAUUUUUUCAAGGAGGAAAAGAGCGUGGCCCUUUUGUGCUAAUUUCUUUUUUUCCUAAAGUUAUUUUUCUCAUUUACCACAUUCUCUGAUCAAUUCUCACAUAAUACAUAUCUAAUACUAAUAUCUAAUACUUUCCUGCUAUCCUAGAUUUAAUUCUCCAUCUUCACUGCUGAGUUGCAAUAUAGUUAAUCUGCUAACCUCUGUCUCUAGCAACCAUUAUUCAAUUCCAGAGAGGAACAGUGAAAAAGAAGCACUUUUAAAGAGCAGUCCCAAGAAACAAUGAUGGACAGUGAACCAACUAACAGUGUGGCACGAGGUUGUCUGCCCGAUAAGAUACAUUUUAAAAAACAGGCAGAGAAUCAAUCUCACUGUUGUGGCUGCCAUCUUUCUUUUUUUGCUCACCCCCAGCAGAAGGCCCUAGUGUGACAUGAAAUAAUGGGAUGACUCUGCUAGUACAUUGUUGGUGCUUACUCCUAGCAUUCGGAUGUGUAGGUUCAUUUCGGGUAUUUAGGUUCAUUUGCUUUCCUUGCCGAUAACACUUGAAAAGAAAAUGCUAAAGCUAUAGGUGUUGUUUGUGCUUUUCAAACGUUGCUUUGGGGAGGAACAUAAGAACUUCUUAAUACAUUUUCAGCCAUUGGCAAAGCUGUUGAUUCCAAAUUGACUAGUAACACCUAUCCAGGUUUCUCAAGUGGAGCCUUUGACCAAUUCUGCCUGGAAUUACCAGGGAUGGAACCUGAGACCUUCCAGUUUUUAAACAUACCCUGGAUCAAUGGUGGUGCAUUUUUCAAGCUGAUUUUAUUUAUUUAUUUAUUUAAUUUGUCAAGAACGUAUUAGGUAAUAUAUAAAAGUAUGCAUAAAAUAGAUACAAAUAGAGGAAACAUUAGGACAGGGACGGUAGGUAUGCUGGUGUUGACACAAAAAUUGAGCAAGUUACCCAAUAUACUUAUCUUGGAAUUGUUUUUUCCAGUGCAGGAGGUUGGACUCCGCACCAUCAAUACCUUUCUCAAAAGGUCAGAGCAGGAGCAAGCCUUGUAUCCAAAUUAAGUAAACGAAUCCAACCAACCUCCAUUUUACCUCUUCGUAAAGUCUUUCAGGCUAAACUUGUUCCGAUCAUGCUCUAUGGUGCUGAAAUUUGGGGUCUUACAGAGGCCCCCAUAUUAGAGAGAACUCAAAAUAAUUUGUUAAGGAGGAUGCUUGGGGUAAACAAUUCCACUUCAGCUGCAGCCGUCAGAGCUGAAUUGGGACAUUUCUCACUGUACACCUAUACAAUCACUAGGGCGGUAGCCUACUGGCUAAAAAUGACCCAGAUGGAUGCCAGCAGACUCCCUAAAAUAUGUCUAGAGGAACAGCAGAUUUCAAAUCCUCAAAGAUAUUCCUGGCUAACCCGGCUGUCAGAAAUAUUGAACCGAUAUGGCGUAGGGUUCCCGUUGUGUGACACACUGAACCAAGUUAAACAACGGAUUAAAGAUAUACAUGGGCAAAUGGACAUGGCAACCCUUUCAACUAAUCAUUCCCUUAAACUGCUGACAGCAGUUAAAACAACUUUCACUCUGGAAAAGUAUUUACAUUUAGAAAUGCCAUCAGUGGAGAGACAGUUAUUUGUUAAGUUUAGAUUCGAACUUCUAGAUACCAACGUUAGAUUCGGCCGUUAUCGGAAAAUCCCGUAUGACAAAAGAAUAUGCAUAUGUGGGGUAAAUGUCGUGGAGGACACGGCGCAUAUAAUAUUCGAAUGUAGUCUCUAUCAAGAAGUAAGAAAACAAUAUCUGUCCCCAAUUAUAAAUAAAUUUCCCCACUGGAAUAUAAGCCAAAAAUUAGCAUUUCUGUUGAGGGCUGACUCUCCUCCCCUGGUAAGAACGAUCACUCGAUACCUUAAAAGAAUGACGGCAAUACGAGCCAGUUAUAUCAAAAAAAAAUUUAUCGAUUGUAAGGAAGAUGAGCUCAGUUAGAGAGGAGCUAUCCUAUUUGGGUUAUCUAGUCUUGGCAAUUUAGCUAUUGAAAUUUGAUAUUGUAAAAUUUUAAUGUCAUCUAUCAUAUAUUUUUAGAUUGCUAUUUUUGUAACUGUUUUAUCUUUUUCCCUUUUUCUUUUCUGUUUUGUUUGAAAAGGCCUUCGGGCUAUUCAAUAAACUAUACUAAAGUAUGCUGGUGCGCUUAUGCACGCCCCUUACUUCUGGAACAUUCUGGCUUAUGGAAAGGCAUAGACAGAUUUGGCAAAAAAUACAAGGAUUCUUAUUUUAGUUUGUGGCUCUGACUGAAUUAGCACACAAUUUUUUUCUCCAAUAUUAAGAUCAGAGAAUUCUUCUCCUUCAUUUAUCUUUAGCCUAGUUAGCCUAUGUUCUGCGUCCUCCCUUUUGUAUCUCUGUACAGUAUAUCAAUGUCUGUCUCAUCACACUAGGAUGCAUGUCUGGCUUUGAACUGCAGGGGGACAUCAUACACAAUCAUUGCCUCUGAGUGGAUAGGACUCACAUUUCUGUUGCCAAGUUAUGUGGAUGAUCAGUUUCUACUUUAUUCUUUUUCUCAAGUUCAUGGAUAUUCCCAACCUUGACUUCAAAUGGGGAAAACUUGUGCUGCUUAAAAUUAGUUUUGUUAUUAAAUUUAUAUAGAAGGUUCCCGGGAUCUUGUCUAAAUUACUGUAACCAGAUAAUAUAAUAUCCCAGGAUUCCUCAAAGGAAAGCAAUGGUAGUAAAACCAAAUUGGCUCAUUUUUGUCACUAUGCGAGUUGAUCUUAGACAUUUUCUUUGAUAGAAUUAAAUCCAUUCUGUUUUAUCAUGGAUCUGAAAUAUUAACAUGAUUUACAAAAUGGAGCACAAUGUAUAUUUAGCUUUCUUCCUACUAAAAUUGAUAAUCGUUUAUACUACAUGCUAUAAACAGCAUGACAGGAUUAGAAGAUAUUUUUGUUAAAUUUGCACAAUUUUAGCCCAUCUUCUUGGAAAGCUACAAUAGCCAGCAGAAGUUCUAUACCAAAAAUAUAUAUAUAAAUCAUACCAGAUUUUCAAAAUCAUUUCACAAAAUAUUUCUACCUCUAUUUUAUAUUUUAUUAUUACUUCAUAAAGCAUAUGGGAAGACAAAUGUUAAAAUUGAUACGACAUUUCUAUUUUAAAUCUUGAACUAUCAUAUUUGGGCUGCAAAAAAAAAAUACACCAAAUGAUCUCCAGAUGGCAGCAAAUAGAUAGUUGUAGUGACACAAUAUUUUGCAUUCCAAUAGCUCUAUUUAUGCCAUAAUCACCUUUCAUUCCAUUAUUACUUUUGUCAAAUAAGGUUUUUUGAAGCAGUAUGAAAACUUAGAAAGCUGGUUAAAGAACAUCAAAAGUAACUUGAAAAUUGCUUCUCUGGUGCCACCUCCAAUCUGCAAAAUAAUUACAAUCUUUCUUCAACAUUUCAUCAAGUCACCUGAUGAAGUUUCUCUUUAAGGUGCUUUAGUUGUGCCAGGAUUUUAUUUAUUUAUAUAUUAAUAUUCUAAAAGAGAUCAGUAUUAAGUAAAGAAGAGGCACUAUUACAGGCAUUAUAGUAAUUUUGUUCUCCAGGAGAACAACAGAACAAAAUUCUCUUGUUACAAAAAUAAUAUGGCACAAUUUGUUUUUAGCUUUAUCUAUUUAUAUUUUAGCAUUAAAUACUAAGCACUGUUAAAAAAUUCUACUUAGCAAUUAAAAAUAAUGAGCUGACCCAAGUUAGCUACUUCAUGUGUUCUAGUGUACCAUAUGUUUAAAGAAGAAUUGAUCCUUUACCAUGAAAUGUUUUAUCUGAAAUGAAUUCCUUCUAAAUUAAAAUUCAUUCAGUCAAUAUUUGUGGCAGUGGAAUACCAUAAAAGCCAUUCUUCACAUGAAGCUAUGUGUGCUCUCUGUGAAACAUUUCUUCUACUUCUGGCUGACAAUGAUGCAGGAAAGGAGAAUUAGCUGUCUAGGGUAGUCCUUCUGGUACAAUCCUUUUCUAUUUGCAUUCUUUCACUAAUUGGUCAUUAAGGGGAAAACAGAAGGCAUGAAAUGACCAUAUGGUGGGGUUAAGCAUCUCAAUUUACACAAUGGCACAGUUCUUAUUUUUUCCUCUAGAUGGACUAACGGCAUACAUAGUACCUUUUCAUCAUCUCUUUACCCUCAACACUUUAUAGAUCUGGUCAGCUGUGCCAAGAGAAAGAAAGAGAGGCAUCUUUGAUCUUCCUCCUAGAACCUUAGUUCUUUCACAGAGAUCUUUCACAGAGAUGCAGUUCUUCACAUUAUAAACCUGGGAAGAUCCUCUUUCUUACAUUGUAAAUAGGAGGAUUGGCAUUUAAGUCUCCAUGUGGGAAAAUUUCUGAUAUGUUAGAUUUUCUAUACAUAAUAGAGAUAAUCUGUAGGAAAUUUUUUUUUGCGUAUAUUAGAGUGGGAAGGAGAAUGGUAGAGGAAGCAGUCUUAUUUCCUGCUACUUUUAAAGUUGCCUCACUUAAACUUCUUUUUUAUUACUAUUAUUAUGGAUACAGAAUGAAUCAAUCUAUGAAGUUUAUGUAAGCCUUGUUAGAAUAUGUCCAUCUUUGUGGGAUGUGGGGGGAAUCCUCUUAAAUCCACCACGGAAAGUUUUCUAUGAAGGCUUUAACUGCUCCUAAGCUUCAGAAACAAAGGUAGCUACAUGAAAUAAGUUUGUGGAAAGUGUACUAUGAUUCUGGUUUAUUGAAUAUUGGAGUGAGGAAAUAAUUUUACUUUGCUAAUUUUAAUCAAGAAAGACACCUAGGAGGCAGCUGGUGCUUCUAAGGGCAUAAACCCAGGAAUCAGAAUUAAUUUGCCUGGCUUGGAAAGAUGCUUUGGUUACUCUUCUGGAAGCAUCCAAUUUCAUCACUGGGGCUGCAUUUUAUCUCCCUAGAUUAGAUUAUGGAGCAGCACCAGGGAUUGCAGGCACAAGAGCAAUGCAAUGUCUAAUGGAGGAGAAUCCAGCCAAAAGAACAAAAACCAAAUACUAUGUUUAAUAUGCAGGUGGUGGUAGAUUUGAGCUUUUACCAAUAAUGUGCUCAGUACUCUCUAUGCUUGCUUCCUUUUCAGACAGUCUCUUAACAAGUCGAGGCAGAAUGAGUUUUUGGCUCUCUCCAGUUUUGGAAGAAGACAGGCAUCUAUUAAAAAAUGUAACAUUUUCUGAAAUACUAAUAUAUUUAGAGAUUUAUUCUUGCCUUUAAUUUCUUCCAGUUUUUCCUUCCAAUGCAUUUAUUGUACUAGCUACCUACUAAUAGACAUUAAUACAGUUCAGGGUAAUUGGGAGAUUUGUGGAUAUCACCAUCUUUGGAUACAAAGUAGUACUCCUAUAUAUUUUCAUUUCACUGAAAGAUUUGGGAUGUGGAAUGAUAUUCUCACUGUGUCAUCAUAUUUUGACCAAGCCCUUAUGUGAGCACCAUUAAGUGCAUUAAUAUCUUCCCCUUCUACUCCCAGUACACCUCCUUGAAUUCCAGCAUGAUUAAUUGGAAGGGAGGGGGUCAGUAUCUCUAAUUGCAGAAUAUCAGCCAGGCAAAUAGUAUCAUGGAGACAAUCUACAAAGAAUGCUAUAUAGAAGGAGAGAGAGCCUUAUAUUUCCAUUUUUAAUAAAACUGAAUGGACUCAAUCCAAGAGAAGGUUAGUCAUAUAUCCAACUGGACUAAGUUUAGCUAUGACUUUCAGAAGAGUGUAAGUGCAAUUAGUUGACUAUUUUAAAAAGGUGUUUCUAAUCUGAAAAAAAAAACAAUUUUGCUUUUGAAUUAACAAGCUAUAGAUGUUCAUGGUAGACUUUUUAAUAGAUAUAUCUUCCAGAUAUAACUACCUCUUGAAAAUUUAGCGCAGUUGACAACUGGAAAACGGCAGAUUAGCGGCAAGCUGUACAUGUCAACAGCCCUAAGUACAGGUUUCUGCAUCAGACUGCUGAGUGGUCUCUAACAUAACGAAACUACUUAUAAAGUUGAUUUUUGAUACGGGACUAUAUCUGAGUUCCCUUUCCUCAUUAGGAUAUACUAGAUAAAAUUUUAGCUCGGAUCUCUCUCUUAGUCAAUGGACAAAAACAUUCAUUUGCAAACUUAUCCAAACAGCAGAUGUAAUUUAUGUCACUUAUGUCAAUUUAUAUAUUUGAGGUAAUUAUGAAAUUACCCAAAUGAUGCAAAUUUAUGCAAAUGACAAUUAUAAAUGCUAUUCUUAUGCAAAUGAUAUAAAUUGACAUAAAAUGCAAAAUUACAUCAGUUAAAUUUAGCUUCCUCUCAAUGUUCCAUUAUGAUGAGAGAUUUUUUUUUUUUUUUUUUUGCAAUAUUUAUAGUGUGGAGGUAAAUAGACACAAAUAUGUAACCCAACCUGCAACAGCAUUUAGUAGAGUUGAACUGGGGCUGGAGAAUAAGAAGUAAUCAUAAGAAUAAAGGCUGAGUUGAGAUUGCGGUUUCAAAGUACAUUUUACUUCUGUUUCAUGUAUUUGGCUAAACACCACAUGUAUUUCCUGGCAUAAACAAGACUUUGACAUUAUUUGCUAUUGUUAACCCUCCGGCUGAUGUCAGGCUCAAGGAAUUACUGUGCUCCAAAAAAGCAUUUUGAAAAUGAGAGGACUUCUUUUAAAACCUUGGUUGAAGCUUUCACCCUAUGUCAUUCAAUUACAUAACAGAUGCACAAACAGGAAGGGAAAUAUUUCCAAAGGACAAACAGAAGGCAAUUUGAUUAAACUGUGAAAUGCAAGAGAAAGGUCCUUCUGGAUAAACUUGGAGACAAACCCAAACUUGAAUCAGUGGAGUCCAAAUGCAGAGGGGAACUGAAAUGUCUCCAAUUGAUGUCUGUGGGCAGCGGUCAAUGAAAACAGAUGUUGAAGCCUGAAAUAGGUAUUCAUAUCAAGCCUCAAGUAAGCUCCUAAAGCCAUUUCAUCUUAAUUUGGUAACAAGGCCAGCAAACCCCAAAUGGAGGCUCCAACCAAUUCUCUUUCAUUGAUGCUGAGUUGGCACAUGUUAAGCCGGUGUCGCUAUACAGGUCUCUCUUCAUGUGGUUUACUCCUAUGAAGCUUCUGGGUCCUCAAUGCACUUCAUAGUAGAAGCAGCAAGGGGAUCGGUUCUCUGCAGUGGUAGCAGAGCACCUCAUCCAAAGCCAGAUGAUGCUUUCAGCAUUACAAGUUGAUGUGGGAGAUAUAUUGUAACAUAAAUGCUUGUUUGGGUCCAAAAAAAAAAAAACCCCACAAAGAAAGAAAAGAAAAUUACAGAUCUGUAAAACUUUAAUGGUUUUUUCUUUUUGUUCUUUUGGUUUUUUGUUUUUGUUUGUUUUUAUUUUUGGUCAAAGAAAAUAAAACCUUGUUGUAAAGAAUAA